CAGUCUGUCGGAGUCCGUCGUCGGAGCAGGCGUGUGGCAGAGACUUCGCAGAGCCGAGCGCCCGAUUCUCCGGUUUCCCCUCCCUGUCUCCCGCCCCGCGUCUCUCGUCGCCCCUCUCCGGCCCUUGCUCUCGCAGCCAUGGCAGAGUCGUCGGCGGCCACUCAGUCCCCGUCCGUCUCCUCGUCGUCCUCCGGGGCCGAGCCGUCCGCGCCCGGCGGUGGCGGGAGCCCGGGAGCCUGCCCCGCCCUGGGGGCGAAGAGCUGCGGCUCCUCCUGUGCGGUGCACGAUCUGAUUUUCUGGCGAGACGUGAAGAAGACUGGCUUUGUCUUUGGCACCACGCUGAUCAUGCUGCUCUCCCUGGCAGCCUUCAGCGUUAUCAGUGUGGUUUCUUACCUCAUCCUGGCUCUUCUGUCUGUCACCAUCAGCUUCAGGGUCUACAAGUCUGUCAUCCAAGCUGUGCAGAAGUCAGAAGAAGGCCAUCCGUUCAAAGCCUACCUGGAUGUGGACAUCACCCUGUCCUCAGAAGCCUUCCACAAUUACAUGAAUGCCGCCAUGGUGCACAUCAACAGGGCUCUGAAACUCAUCAUUCGUCUCUUCCUGGUGGAAGAUCUGGUUGACUCCUUGAAGCUGGCUGUCUUCAUGUGGCUGAUGACCUAUGUUGGUGCUGUUUUUAAUGGAAUCACCCUUCUGAUUCUAGCGGAGCUGCUGGUGUUCAGUGUCCCAGUCGUCUAUGAGAAGUACAAGACCCAAAUCGAUCACUAUGUUGGCAUCGCCCGGGACCAGACCAAGUCGAUUGUUGACAAGAUCCAAGCAAAGCUCCCCGGAAUUGCCAAGAAAAAGGCAGAAUAAGCACGUGGAAGCCAGAAAUGCAACAGUUACUAAACCCCACUUCCUAGUUAUAACGUCCUGACUUGUGAAGGCGCGUGCUCAGUGUCAGCGUGAGCCUGCAUUCCAAGCUUUGUUUUGUAAUUUGAUGUUUUCUCCCUUCCCUUCCCUUUGCCCUUAGUAUCAAGCACAAGAAAUGUUGGACUAGAAGAACUGACAUCUUAGACGAAUAAGGAAAGAAUGAGAUUAGUGGGAUGAAUCAGUACCUUAGUGGGGGAGGAGCUUUGCCUGCAGCUCGGCAGGGGAAAGUGGGCAGUGAAGGUGGGGCGAAGGACGGAGCCGACCUCUGCAGCUUCCCGUUGUCGCUCUGCCCUUGUUGUUAAGAAGCAAUGAUUAACGCGUGAAGAAGCUCUCUGAGGACAGGAGUGGGAUGCCUUCCCUGGGGUCCCCAGAGCCCUGCGAUCCCAUCCUCCCGCCCUCCAGAGUGAGCAGCUAUUGCUAAUAGUCCUCUUCUUCACUUCAUGAUACAGCUUCCGACUCUGGAUAACCUAACGGGGGCUCGUGAGAAUUCCUGAUUCCCAGAGUGGAAGUGGAAAGUAGACCUUGUCCUAGGGGCAGGAAGGGCUCCACCGUCUGGGAGGGGGUGUCUGCGUGUCGCCAGUUCUGAGCAGUAAUGUGAGAACUCAUUCCUGGGUGUGCUUCCCCUCUUCCCUGCCCACCUCCCCUCUUUAAUAAAUAUGGUUGUACUUUUCUUAUUAUGAAAUAAAUGUCUGUAACUGCUGUACACUGCUGUAAACUUGUUAGAGAAAAAAUACUCUGCAUGUGGGCUCCCCAGUUACCGAGUUAUUGUGGCCCUGUCUCAGUCCGUGGAGGGAACGGCCUCACAAGGUGACCUACAGAAACACAAACGGCCUUGCUUCUUUGUUUUUCCCUUGUGACUUGCUUCAUCACCUGCUGCAUCUUUAACCUGUGUUCAUCAGUUUCACCUGAGGACCAAAGCCAAGCCGUGCCACGUGUCUGUGGCUCAGGGACCACAGAUCGGUGUAGGGAAGUGCAGUUCGUGGUCUUAGGGAGUUGCAAGUGCUUUGCGCUGGCUUUAUGGGUCUGUGUUGUUUUGAGGGUUCUUUUCCUUUGCAGGCACAAAGUGCCUCAGCUCUGCCCUGGCCCAGGGUAUCCCUGCAAGCUCUCCAGGAAGUUCUAGGUGAAGGUGACCAGGCAGGGGGCAGCGCGUGUAGGCGCGUGUUGAGGGUCUGUGCGCAUGGAUGGAACAUCAGGUGCAGGGCAACUAGGAAGGUUUGGCUCCGCUUUGAAACUAAGUUUCUUCCUCCCCUUCCCCACGAGACAUCUGUGAACUUGAAAGAAAAGUCACCUGCCAGUCCCUUCAGUCGUGGCCACGCAGGGGGACUGAGAACUUCCAAGUAAGGGCUGCCAUGUGCAAUGGUGGCAAGAAGCUGUCUUGUCUACAUUUUUGGGGGAAAUUUGCUUAGGAAUUUAGAUGGGUGAGAGGUACCCUUGCCUUACUCCAUUUUCUUUUCUCAGUCCCCUCUCCUUGUGAAUUUUUUCUCACUGAUUUCACAUCGCAGUGGGAGAUGCACUCCGUCCUCCUCUGCCUCCCAGGAAGUUGAUGCACUGGUUGUCUUUUGGGCUCCCCCCAAAGGACCUCUGCACUGGAAGCCUCCAGACCCAGCUUGUCUUCUGUUGCUGCUGUCUUUAGAUAAUUGGAGAGAUCUUUGUGCCACACAGGAUUUUUUUUUU